AUGGCCACGCUGGCCCGGCUGCAGGCGCGGGCCAAGACCCUAGCGCAGCAGUACUACUUCAGGAACAGUGCUGUGGAUAUAUUUAGGAAAAAGGAGAAUGAUGCAGCAGUUAAAAUUCAGAGCUGGUUUCGAGGAUGUCAAGUUCGGUCAUAUAUCAGGUAUUUACACAGAAUAGCAAACAUAAUUCAGAAAUGGUGGAGAGGUUACUUAGGAAGACAACAUUAUCAACUCAUUGUGGAGUUAGCAUAUUAUACUAUGAAGAUGAAUAUCUACAAUGCAAUGGCUGUCAGGAUUCAGAGGCAGUGGCGAGGCUAUAGGAUUCGAAAAGUCUGCUUUAACUAUUUUUACUUGAAGGCAUAUCUGAAAGCCGUGGAAGAGACCAAUGACGCAGUUAGGGAGGCCCUGGACGAGUUUGCCGAGAUCAAAGAAAGAGAGGAGAAGAAGGCCGACCUGGAAAGGGAGGAGAAGAAAAGAGAUUACCAAGCCCGAAAGAUGCAUUACCUCCUCAGCACGAAGCAGAUUCCAGGUAUAUACAAUUCACCGUUUAGGAAGGACCCAGACCCCUGGGAACUGCGGCUGCAGAAGGCAAAGCCUUUGGCGCAUCGGAGACUGGAAGUGCAGCCGCGGCGCCCCGCCAGCCUGAGCAGCUGGCUGGCGUGCACGAGCACCCGGUCCUUCCCUCGCUCCGGAAGCCUGCCGCCCAUUGACAGAAAGCGGUGCCAGGGACCGUUCCGUGACAUCGCCGAAGUACUGGAACAGCGCUACAAGCCUUUGGAGCCAACAUUGCGGGUGGCUGAGCCAGUCAAUGGGGUAAAAGAGGCCAGAGAGGAAUUCAGAAGACAAGAACAGGCAAGAAACAUUCACGACAACAUGUUUUUGCCCUUCUCCUCCUACCAUAAGAAUAAAAAGUAUGUUCCGUCGAUGCAUUUAUCAAGCAAGUAUGGCUCUGAUGCUUACGGAUGUCAACAUUUCAGAGAUGAAAAUCCUAAGAAGUGGGUCUCCAACAAGGAUUUCCAAACUGUCUUACCAUCAUUUGAUCUCUUCUCCAAGUAUGGAAAAUCAUAUUCAAAAGCUGGACAAAUUUUAUAA